ACACAAAAUUCACUCAUAACAACAAUUCCUACACAAACUCUCCCAUCAAUAUUGGUUUUUUACUUGCCAAAAAAGAAUCAACAUUAUGGGAGCCAACUUUUCCACUUUAGAGACUGUUGUUGAGAGAUCAUCACUGCAACCAAACCUGAUUCUCACCUUCCACUCUACAGCAAAAUGGAAGGCUCACUUUGAGGCUUCCAAAGAAACAAACAAGUUGAUGGUCAUUGAUUUUACGGCUACUUGGUGUGGACCUUGCAAAUACAUGGAGCCAAUUAUCAAAGAAUUAGCUGCAAAAUACAAAGAUGUCGAAUUCAUUAAGAUUGAUGUGGAUGAGUUAAUGGAUGUGGCAAGUGCAUUUCAGGUGCAAGCAAUGCCAACAUUUAUACUAAUUAAGAAAGGAAAAGUAGUUGAAAAAGUGGUAGGAGCCAAAAAGGAGCAAUUACAGAAGCUGAUUGAGAAACGCAGGAAUUGAUUAGUGUGAGAUUAUGAUCAUCCUCUUGCAACAUUGUAAUAAAGUCAGAAAAAUAUGACUUCAUGACAUACUAAAUAAGUAUAAGUUGCAUUGGUGUUGCUGGUCAUCGGUCAUGGACACGAGUAUAUCAUAUAUCUACUAUCCGUUUUAUUUUAUAAGUAGUCUAAUGACUAGAAAUUCCACGUACUCAUAAGGUAAAUAAGUGGAGUGUUUAGAGUUCGAACUCUGACUCAUGCAUGUAUAAUGCGACGUUCAUAUCAACUGAACUAAACUCACGGGACUAUCUACUAUCAAUAUAAUCAAAUGAAUAUGGAAACGCCAAUUCCAGCAAAUA